CAUCGAUAUGUUAAGUCGGCAUGACUGCCUAAUUAAUCCAUAAUAGAAGCAAUACCGCAGUCAUUUGUGUCCGUGCUGUUGAAAGAAACAUUAAGUUCGUGUUCUCUUUGCUAAUUGUUGAAACAGAAAGAAGGCCCGCAUCAGUCAGGAAAUCAGCAGCAGUGGAGAGCAGAGCAUAAGUGUAGCAGAAAAACACGCAGAAGAACGAAUUAAACAGCAUAAACAUGGCUCAGGAAGGACAGGAUAUGCCCACAUUCAAGUGCGUGCUGGUCGGCGAUGGCGGCACUGGCAAGACAACGUUCGUCAAACGUCACAUGACCGGCGAAUUCGAGAAGAAAUAUGUGGCCACACUGGGCGUGGAGGUGCAUCCAUUGAUCUUCCAUACCAAUCGCGGUGCGAUCCGUUUCAAUGUAUGGGACACAGCUGGCCAGGAGAAAUUUGGCGGACUACGCGAUGGCUAUUACAUUCAGGGCCAAUGCGCUGUCAUCAUGUUCGAUGUAACAUCGCGUGUCACCUACAAGAAUGUGCCCAACUGGCACAGAGAUCUGGUGCGGGUCUGCGAGAAUAUACCCAUUGUCCUCUGUGGCAACAAGGUCGAUAUCAAGGAUCGCAAGGUCAAAGCCAAAAGCAUCGUGUUUCACCGAAAGAAAAACUUGCAGUACUACGAUAUCUCUGCCAAGUCGAAUUACAACUUUGAGAAACCAUUCCUUUGGCUGGCCCGAAAGCUGGUCGGUGAUCCAAAUCUGGAAUUCGUAGCAAUGCCGGCGCUGCUGCCACCGGAGGUCAAAAUGGAUAAAGACUGGCAGCUCCAGAUCGAGCGUGAUUUGCAGGAGGCGCAGGCGACCGCCUUGCCUGAUGAGGAUGAGGAUCUAUAAGCAUAUUAGUUUACAAAUGAAUUCAAAACAAAAUAUAAUUGAGAGAAAAAAGAAAAAAAAAAAAAAACCAACUUACAAACUAAGUAAA